AAGCCUUGCAAAGUAGUAUAUGUCGAAGUUCAUCAGAAGCAGUUACUUCUAUAUAUCAACAAGCUUUUUUUACAAAAACUCGACUAGAUGGUAUAUUAGUUAUGGGUUAUGACAAUUCAGUGAUAUGUGAAAUAUUACUUUCUGAGAUUUAUUUUCAUCCUUAUACUUUUACCAUUGGAAGCUUAAACUUGACUAUUUUUGGAAUUGGUAAAUCUAACAAUCCCGAUUGGAAUUAUGCUGGAAAAGGAUACCGAAGCUCUUUUGUGCAUAACUUUCGCAAAACUCGAACAAUAUUUUUUCAAGAAUUUAGUAAUAAAGAAGCGAUUGUUAGAAUUUAUCAAAAUUUUCAAGAAAUUCAGAAUUUUCGUGAUACUAACCCUAACUCCGUUUGGAAUAAAAUUG